GGUGAAACUCAAAACAGCUGUGAAAAGGGGAUAAUUACCUCAAUUCACUAUGAGAAGACUUGGGACCACUAUCGGCUGUGUUGAGUAUUUCUGAUGUGAGUUCCUGUUCUUUAGUUCAUACUUCUCUCUACCCGAGAUUGAUCUUGGGAUUCAUGCUGAAGUCCGUCUAGUUUCCAGGCCCACUUCAUCAUGGCCAUGUCUCAGAGACUGGUCACAAUCAGCUUCAUCUUUGCGACGAUACUGCUCUUCACUGUACUUUUCACCAGGCCAUCCCCUCACUUUUCAAGAUCAACAUCGUCACAAAAUCAUGCAGAUGUCUUUAGUAAAGACCCUCAUCUAAACUCAAGACUCGCUCAUGCCGAAAAACUAUGGAAGCGCUCUAUCAAAGCUCGCGAAGAAAUGGUCGAAGUAGUCGGCUACGACAAAGCCUUUCCUGACGGAUACAUGAACCCCUUUAACGUCUGGGACUUUGCCCGCCCAAGCUUCUUCUGUCCUCACGAUCUUGAACGCGUCGGUUCAAUUAGCGAUGGCGGCAAGAUCAUCUGCGGCAUGUCGCGCUAUGAAAAGGAAUGUCCCGGCCCAUCGUCAGAUUCAAACAAGGCGAGAGAAUUCAUCGUUUACUCAUUCGGUGUGAGUGUCGACUCCUCUUUUGAGGCAGAAUUGCUCCAGCGCACGAAUGCUCGGAUAUGGGGGUAUGAUGGCACUGUUGAUAAAUGGGCGCAGCAAGUCCCCGAGUGGAUAUGGUCGCGGGCUAAAUUUCAAAAGGCCAUGAUAGGAAAGGUAUCGGAUAGCAAGGCUAGACCGCCAGUGUUUUCGAUACAGGAUCUUAUGAAGAUGAAUGGGCAUUCCUAUGUUGAUCUUAUCAAGAUGGACAUAGAGGGUGCUGAAUUUGAUGUUCUUACGUCGUUGAUUGAUUCGGUCAAAGAGCAGAGGAAGAACGGCAAUGCGACGUUGCCUUUUGGUCAGUUAUUGGUUGAGAUGCAUCUUAAGCAACCACCAGAAGGAGUUACGGUGCCAAAUGAUCUUCGAUCAUGGCUGGAGUGGUGGUAUUCGCUCGAGGAGAUGGGCCUGAGGCCAGUGAGCAAUGAGGACAAUUGGAUCGGUGAUAGGGUCUAUGGUAUGCCAAGAUUUAUGGAGUAUACGUUUAUUAAUGCAGUGGAUAAGGAGCGAAACUUGUUGCUGUGGACAUGAGCGAGGGAGCCUUGGCUCCAAGCUAUAGACAAAAUAUUUAUGUUACUACAUAACUCUGUCAACUUUUUGAUACCCUGGCUGAGAUUACGCAGACUUGGGGUCUUGAGGCCACUUAUCCAAAAUAGCCUUCUUUCCAGUCAGCGUAACCUGGAUCUUGGCUUGCGUAGGCUCAUCCAGCAACAGAGUGUAAGUCCCAGGAUAAACAACCAAAUCACCAUUCUCUCCCCGUCGCGCAAUGUUAUCCAACGUCCACUCCAGUGAGAUAUCCUUCGUCGAUGAAGGCGCGACAUCAUGCAAGCGACCAUAAGCCGCAAGGGUCUUGAGAGGGUAAGGCUUAGGUCCAACUUCACUCUUGAUAAAGACCAGAGAGACAAAGUCGGAGGUAAUGCGGCCGGUGUUCUUGACACUAACUUGGAUGGGGGGCAGCGCGCAAGUAUCGGAGUAUUGAGCACUGCAGCCCUUGAGAAGCUUCUGGAUGUCAAACGUCAACUUGUUGGACUUGAACUUGGCUUGGAACUUGGUGUAGUGGAGGCCAAAGCCGUAGGGAAGAACUGGAGUUGAGUACCAGCGAUAAGUUCUCCCUGGCAACGACUUGGUAGGUCUGAGGUCCAUGUCAGUCAUGCCAAUCUGCUCAGUGUAUUUACUGGGAUAUUGCGUGACGGGUAGUCGGCCAGCAGGACUCUUUCGUCCAGUGAGCAGGUCCAUGACUGCAGUGCCGCCAUCCUGACCAGGGUAAUUGACCCAAAGAAUACUGUUAAUCUUCUUGUUCUUCAAAAGAGCGGUGUCAUCGACUUGAUCACCAAGCUGGAUAACAACCAGUGGCUUGCCGAGACUAGAGAGCUUCUGAAGAAGGGUCAGCUGGCUCUCAGGCCAGUCAAGGUUCUCACGAUCUCUGUCCUCGCCAGCAGCAGAGGCGUCAAGACCACCAAAGUAGAGAAUGUAAUCAGACUUCUUCGCCGCAGCAACAGCAUUGGUGGUCCAGUUAUCAUGAGAUGAGCUGUUCUGCAGUGUCGGACCCCAAGCCACGUUGGUGUCAAGACCAAGCUUCUCAGCUGCAUAAAGCGGGCUGUGGAGGAACGGAGCACGU